AUGUUUCCUGGCUCUACUGCAGACCUGUUUCAUGGUCAGUCGUUGGGCGACUUAUACGCCCAACCGAUUGACCAACCCGCAGUUCCGAUACCUGGGCAUCCACCCGGUCUAUAUUACCGAUUGUUGACCUUCUGCCCCGCGCAGGGAAUCACCGCAGCGGUGAUAGAGCAAUCUCUUCAGCCUAUGAACGGCGAAGAUUCUUGGAAUGUACCACUGGGUCCGCAGGACCCCAGCAUGCAGUUCCUCUUCGCUCGUGUUUGCGAAAAUCAACUGAAAACUUUCAGCCCUGAGAUUCCUCCACAAUGGAAGAACCCGGACUCGCUUCUCGUUAACAUUGGUGGAAAUGUUGUUCAUCUCCUAGCUUGGGAUGAUGUUGACACGGUCGUGUUCACAAUGCAACUGUCACCCAAUGUGCCCCACGGGAUAUACCAUAUCCCGCAUAAGGCUGGACGCAGCAACAACCAUCGUCCACCCCUCGAUAUCCUGAAGAUGGGAAAUCAAAAGUUCAGAAAAUUCGUGAAGAUGUGGGCGGUCCAACAAUAUCACCGAUAUGUUAUGCAUUAA